CGUAGAAAGGUCGGUUUCCAUGAUUUUGAACACCCGAAGUUGUUCAAGAUCUAUUGGAGAUCAAAUAGAUCUUCUCCUUUAGCUUCAUCCUCUCUUCUUCUCGAAGAUUGAACACCCGAAGUUGUUCAACCAUUGCCCGACUAAUUUCGUCGCGAGAAGAAACGGAAAGAGAGCCGGACCCUCCCGAACCCGAGGCAAUGGAUUUUGCCUUCUUUCUUCCGAUCGGCCGUGGAAUGGGGUCCUCGUCAUCGGAAUCUGCAACGUUUACAAAGCUGGAUGCUUCACAGUUACGACUACCAGGAUGCCAACACAAUGAUGUCACUGCUAACUAAAUGCCUGCGGACAAAAAUAUCUCUUUGUUUUGGCUAACCAUGUUUUUGCAUUUCCUUUUUUUCUUCUUUACCCCCAAAUUGGGUUGCAGGAUUAUGUUCACAGAGUUGGAAGAACAGCUAGAGCUAGUCGAUCUGAGGUUGCCAUUUUCACUUGUAAGCCAAUAUGAGGUGGACUGGAAUUUGCAGAUACAGAAGCUCAUGGGUCAGAAGUUGCCCCAGGAAGUUUUAGUAGUGUUUUUGGAUCGUGUAACGGAGGCCAAAAGAAUAUCCCUAACGAAAAUAAAGGAAACUGGUGGCCACAAAAGAAGAAGAAGAAGAGGGAGUGAUGAGCUAGACAAUGAUGUACAUUUGGGUUUUAGGAAGGGCAACUCAUCUAAGAUGCCAAAGAGAAAGUGAUACGAAAACCGACCGUCUUGCUUGUUGAGCUUUGUUCGUCAUAUUUUUACUUCAUUUUGAUCCUAGGCCAAUUUUUUUUAAAAAAUGCUUGUAAACUACCAUUAAGGGGGAUCCGAAUUCAUUCUCUCUAGCAUCUUGUGAAAGCUCUAGCUUGUAAUCCUCUCACUAUAUUUAUAACAAUUAGACUCCGGGAGUUCUCACCAACUGGCUUCCUGAUUGAACACGAGUUAAUUGGUUAUUCUUAUUUUGACCCAGCAUUUUUCCCUAUACCCGGGCUAGAGCCUUUUGCCUCUGUGACUAAUUUACACCAUCACAACACAAUACAAAUUUUAUGAAAAUAAUGAAUUGUCAGGAAUCGUGGUCAUCCUUUUUCGUAGAAACUAUGGUGCCUUAAAUUUCAAAAUAUACUCGGUAGAAUAUGCUACUUGAUACUCUACACUUCCUCCGUUCAAAAAUUAUUUUCCCACUUUAGCUUUAUACGUAAAUUAAGGCUGUGAGAUAAUGGCCGGACGAAGGACGAGACGUAACCCUGCUACUUCUGCCCAGUCGACGGUGAGGAGUGACAACCCUGAGCAGGGUAUGAUUGUUCCUGUCAAUGGGUUGGAAACAGCGCUAAAUAAUGUGGCUAACAUGAUGGCCAACAUUAUGGAGCGAUUAGAUAAGGCUCUUCCAGGUCCAUCCGGAACCCGGGAUAUCCCACCCGGGCAACCCCGCCAGGUCCUGCGUACUGCGAGUUCUCCUAUCUUACAGGAGCUCCACGAUCCGGAGGAGGUUGAAAGGGAAAGGCGAGCCAUUGACAGACGCCGGGCGGAGGAAUUGGCCCGGAACAACAAGGUGAACGAAGGCCAGGCUAAGGAUCCAAGCCGGAUCUUCGGCGAUGGACACGAAAAUCCACGGGGAUCUGUCUUUGAAAGGAUAUCUCGCCAGAAAGUUCACGUUAGUGAGAGGCUGGGGAAGAAUCCGGAAAAGGCACCCCAGGGUUGGAUACGACCUCAGGCCAGCCAGGUGGCAUCCUCCAAUCGCGAACCCCGGCAGCGAAAUGAUCGAGGCGUGAGCCAAGUGCCGGUCCGGUCAUUGCGGAAUCUAAAGGAGGACGAGGUUCAAAGCCAAGCCAGGGUCCCAGCACCGCGGCGUCUGGGACCGCCGGUGCCGGAAGCUGGUGAAUUUCAAGACCUGAGACAGCAGAUCCAGGAGAUGCAGAGGAAGAUAAACAAGGGUCGAGUGUUCACUACUCGAACGAAUACUCCCUUGGCUCCAGAGAUCUUUGCGGAACCAUAUCCGCAGGGAUUCAAAAUGCCAUUUGUCAAGCAUUAUGACGGCGAAUCAGACCCCCAAGAGCACAUAAAUAGCUAUGUCCAAGUGAUGAUCGCCGUGGACGCCAGUGACGCGCUCAUGUGUCGGUGCUUCUUGCAGACUGUUGAUAGCAAGGUUGCAGACUGGGUCAACCAUAUCCCUGCCGAAUCAGUCCGAACAUGGGAUGAAUUGGGACUACCGUUCCUAGAGCAUUUUGCUGGGAACUGCCGCCCCAAAAAGCAUUUCACUCACUUGGCAUCGGUGCGACAGAAGCACGGAGAAUCCUUGAAGAAUUUCCUUACCCGAUGGAGGAAAGAGUCCAGGGAAGUUGAAGGAACUGAUGAUAAGUCCAGGUUGGCUUUGUUCACGGCGGCAUUACAGGAUGGACUCCUUCACACCGAUCUCACUACACAUCCCCCGGAUACCUUCGAGGAAGCGAUGGUCCGGGCUGGGAGGUAUGUGACCCUGGAAGAAAGAAAGGAGGAGAAGAAAGAGAAGACUCCUAAAGAAGAAGAGAAGUCGGGAACAAAGAAGCCGUUUAAGAAUAAGAAGCAGGGCUUCCCGGAUGGCCCAAAGGGCGCAAGUCCCGGGACCACGGAGAAGCAUAAAUCUGCCAAUUCAGUCUUUACACUGCCAGUGGCUGAGGUCAUGGCCCAUGCAGCACAGCAGGGGCUCAUGACUUACCCAACCUAUUCUCAGAAGGUUUGCAAUGUGGAAGACACUGGGAAAUGGUGUGCUUACCAUCGCAAAAAUGAUCACAACACAGAAGAUUGUUAUACUCUGAAGAAUGAGAUGGCAAGGCUGAUUCGCCGGGGUCAUCUGAAGAAGUUUGUACAAGAUGGUGAUGCCGGGAAUCCCGGGAAUGCUCAGAAUGGGAAACGCAGAGAUAAAGAAGUAGCCCAGGCUGAGGCCCGGGAGAAACGCCACAUUGGACUAGAAGACGAAGAGGAGGAUUCGGAACCCGCGCCGCAUCGCCAGAAGAGACACCACGGGUGUAACUUCAUCAUUGGAGGGAAUACUGGUGGGGACUCGGCCACAAGUCGGAAGAAGUGGGCUAACGCGGCAAUGGUCAACAAGGUGCUGGUCCCGGAAGGUAAGAAGUUGAAAACCGAGCCUAUUGUGUUUUCUAAUGCUGAUCUUCCAGAGACAGGGGUUCCUCAUAGGGACGCCCUGCUUCCGGGUAGCCUUAGUAUCCCCUAUCUCAACCGGGAGGGUUAUCACCCCCUCCGGUUCAAUAGAAUCACCAGUAAACCCGGAUUGGAAGAUUUGGAGUGUGUCAUCUCACCUCGUCACCUCUGCAUAAAAUUCCCAACCCCCCACGGAGUUGGAAUUGCCAGGGGAUCUCAGAGAGUAUCCCGGGCAUGGUACUUGAAGGCAACCAAACAGCCCGUCAAAUACGAUACCCAAGUGGGAGAGGUCACUGCACAGCUCUUGAGGGCUGAGGAAAAACGUCCUAGAGUAGAAGUUGCCGGCGACAUCGAAGAAGUGGAAUUGGAGCCAGGCACGCUGAGAAGGUUGGUGAGGAUCGGCAAGGACCUGGGGGCUGAACUCAGAUCACGAGUGAUUUCAGUCCUCAGGAGGUUCAGAAGGGUCUUUGCAUGGAGUCCAGCUGAUAUGCCAGGGCUGGAUCACAAGAUUUCUGUUCAUCGCCUAAAUGUUCUACCGGAGGCCAAACCUGUGAAGCAAAAACAAAGGCAUUUGUCGCAAGAAAGAAGAGAUUUCGUAAAGAAGGAGGUAGCAGCCCUACAGAGCAUUGGGCAUAUCCGGGAGGUACAAUACCCGGAUUGGUUGGCGAAUGUAGUCCUAGCACCCAAGCCACCUUCAUGGAGGAUGUGCGUCAACUACACAGAUCUGAACAAGGCAUGCCCCAUGGAUCCGUUUCCACUCCCCAACAUUGAUCAGAUGGUCGAUGAAACUGCCGGGUCGGAGUUAAUGAGCUUCAUGAACGCUUUCAGCGGAUAUCACCAGAUCCGGAUGCAUCCGGCCGAUGCUGAGAGGACAAGCUUUAUGACCCCAGAAGGGCUGUACUGUUACCUAGUGAUGGCUUUUGGACUGAGAAAUUUCGGGGCCACAUAUACCCGGAUGGUUUCUCAGGUGUUCAAGACUGUCCUAGGGCAGACCAUGGAGGCGUAUGUUGAUGAUAUGAUUGUCAAGUCCAAAGAGGCCCGAGACCAUGUCCGGGACCUUGAAGAGGUCUUUGAAAUCAUGAUGAAGGUAAAUCUGAGAUUGAACCCGAAAAAAUGUACCUUUGCUGUUCAAGGUGGGAAAUUCCUAGGGCACAUGGUAAGCCGGAAAGGAAUUGAGGCAAACCCGGAGAAAGUUAGAGCCAUCAUGGAGAUGGAACCUCCGAAGACAGCCAAGGAGGUUCAGCGGCUAACAGGAAGAUUGGCGGCCUUAAAUCGUUUCCUUUCAAAGCUGGCAGAGAAGGCGCACCCAUUCUUUGCGGUGAUUAAGAAAAGGGCGACCUUCGAAUGGACACCGGAAUGUCAAGAAGCAUUUGAAGGAUUAAAGAGAUAUCUCACAAGUCCGCCGGUUUUAUCCAAGCCGGAACCUGGGGAUAUUCUGACUCUAUAUUUGGCGAUUGCGGAUUGUGCCAUAAGUACUGUGAUCGUGAGAGAAGAGCGUGGGGCCCAACAUCCGGUCUACUACGUCAGCAAGACCCUGAGGGAUGCGGAGUUAAGGUCCCAAGUUCAGAUGUCGCUGAGGGCUGACCACCACGGACAAAUCACAGGGGAGUUUGAGGCAAAGGAAGAGAGGAUGAAGAGGUACCGGGACUUGUCUCUAGAGAUGUUGGGAAAGUUUGAGUUUAAGCUUGAACAUAUACCCCGAGCCCAGAACGCAGAGGCCGAUGUUCUGUCCAAGCUCAGCGCAGAAUCACCGGAAUACAUGAGCAGAUUAGCAACUGUCGAAGAGCUGGUAACCCCGAGUCUUAACAGCAGUGAAGUGCUCUGGGUAUCAGCCGAUCCCCCGGAAUGGCUGGACCAAUUGGCCAAAUAUAUUGAGGACGGCGAGGCCCCGGAGAAUCCCCAGGAAGCGCGUCUAUUACGAAUGAGGGCACCAACCUACAAGGUGCAGGACGGAGUCCUCUAUAAGCGGUCUUACAACGGUGUCCUACUCCGUUGCCUUAGAGCAACAGAGGCGAAGGCAUUGAUGGAAGAAAUACACGAAGGAGUAUGUGCCGCACAUCAGGGUCCUUAUUCCAUUUCCCGGAGGGCUAUCAUCCAGGGAUAUUUCUGGCCAACGAUGAGGAAGGAUUGCGAAGAGUUUGGAGUCCCGAAGCAGAUUAUAUCAGAUAAUGGAACCCAGUUUGAGGAAGCAGAAUUUAAAGACUUUCUCAGAACUUGGGGAAUUCAGCACACAAAGGUGUCUGUUGCGUACCCUCAGGCUAAUGGACAAGUGGAGAACGUCAACAGAACAAUCAUAGACAGAAUAAAGAAGAAGCUACUUUCAAAAGGAAGCAAAUGGGUAGAUGAACUGCCCAGAAUCCUGUGGACAUAUAGGACGACUCCGAGGAGAGCCACGGGUGACACUCCUUUUGGCUUUGCGUAUGGUUUUGAAGCCCGGGCCCCCGCCGAGGUAGUAAUCCCCACCAGGAGAGAAAUGGAAUAUGACCCGGAGGUGAAUGAACAGAAUCAGGCCGUAGAGCUGAAUUUCGUAGAAGAACGAAGGGAUGAAGCACGCAUCCGGGCAGAAAAUUAUCGUUGCCAGGUGAAAUCUUACUUUGAUAGCAAGGUGAGACCAAGGGCAUUCCAGGUGGGGGAUUAUGUUCUGAGGAAACGAGAGAAGAGUCAACCAACUAAAGGUGGGAAGCUAGCGAGGAAUCCCCCCAUUCCUCAGGUGGCUGUCCAUGCAACUGCUGAGGGGAAGGGGAACUCUGAGAAGAAGGCCUCGCACCGGAGACCAGCCGGGAAGCUCCUGAGUGGGGAUUGCGUCUCUUCUGUGGACGAGAAGUGCCAGGACAGCCAGAAGAGACUUCAGCCCUGGCACUGUUAGGAAGCACGCUGGGACCCGGAGGGAUACUCCCCGAGACCUGUUGGGGGAGAUGAGGGUUAUUCUCCUCCCUGGGCAAGGGGGAGGUUA